GGGAGUAUGAAGAAUGAAAAAAUGAACCUUUUUUUAUAAAAAAUAAGGAAAAAGAAACGAAAAAUAAAUUUACACCAGAAGAGAACACACUAUAGAAGAAAGAAAGAUUGAGGAAAACUAAUAGUGUACUGAAUUUGGGUAAUCGCGGGGAGAGAGGAUGGCGGAGGAGAAGAAGAAGAUAGUCUGGAACGAGAGAGAGAAGAAAUUCGAGACGGAAGAUAAGAAAGCAUACCUUGAAUACGAGAUGAGGGGCAGUAAAGUAAUGGACAUAACUCAUACGUAUGUGCCGCCCAGCAAGAGGGGGCUAGGCCUCGCCGCCGAUCUCUGCGCCGCCGCCUUUAAUCACGCUCACAACCACUCCCUCUCCGUCAUUCCAACUUGCUCCUAUGUUUCGGAUACGUUUCUUCCCCGAAACCCAAACUGGAACUCCAUCGUGCACAAGGAAGAAUCCAAGUCCAGCAUCUGAAUAUAUCUCGCCAUAUUUGAAUCCCAAUCUUCACCAACUUUCAUGUUGCUUCUAAUCAUAUUUUCGCUACUUCAAUAAUGUUAUCCACAAUUUGUGUCUUGCUUCAUGUCAUCACACACAAUCAAUGAAGAUGUUUUUGCAUUCUUAAUAAAUAAAUAAAAACUUUAAUUUAUUCUUA